GGUUAGUUCAAUAGAACUUUGUCCGAACGAUUCGAUUCAACUCUACUUUGUGCACGUUUUUGAUUAAACAAUACAAAUUAAAUUCAUUUAGCUAUAUUUGAUGCAUAAUGGGCGCAUUGGCAGAGUUGGCAGGUGAUGAAAAGAAUGGCGAUGGCUCCCGCACAUUUGUUUUUACGAACGAAAGUCACACGCUGGGCAAUGCAUUGAAAACGAUAAUUGCACGCUAUCCGGAGGUGGACUUCUGCGGCUAUACGAUACCACAUCCCACGGAGCAGAAGCUGCAUUUCCGUAUACAGUCGCAUCGCGAGCGUGCUAUAGAUUUGCUGAAACGUGGACUGGAGGAUUUGGAGGCUUUAUGUGAUCAUACAAUGGAAACGUUUGAGAAGGAGAUAAAUAGCUUUAAUGACAAGGAUGUAGAAGUUAAUUAACACAAUUAGAGAUGCAUUUAAGACUA